CGCUCCAGUGUCCUUUUGUAGUGCUUUAUACAACAUGCGUUCCUGAUUACAUUGUGGUUGCCCCAGAACGCAACGCCACUUCCUGAACGGUUGAAGAAGUUUCAUCAAGUAGGAAAUUGGACGUAAUUCGUAAGCAAAGUCGUCAUGGAUUGGUUUAAAAACAGUCUUCAAGCAGCCCAAAAGCAGGCACAGCAGGCAGCAGAGAAGGCCAAAGUGCUGGCACAGCAAGCAUCACAGCAGGCCAAAGUGCUGGCAGAGCAAGCAUCCGAACAAGCAAAAGUCAUUGCGGAACAGGCGUCGGAAAAAGCAAAGGUCAUUGCUGAGCAAGCAUCUGAGAAGGCUAAGGCGCUAGCCAGCGUCGCGGCGGAGGAAGCUCAGGCCAAACUGCAACAGCUAGCCGCUGCGACAGCCCAGACCAGCAGCAGCAGCAGAUCUGGCUCCUCCCCAGGUGCGGAGGCCGACCCGGCGGAGCUCGUCAAGUACGGCGUAACGCCGGGGCUGCUUGAAACGGUGGCUGGCAUGACAUACAGCACCUUCAGUGACUACCCUUUGGAGCUGCUGCCUUCCACGAACCCGCUGGGCCUCACCACGUCGGCCCCCGGUCCCGGCUUCCGGCUGAGUCCCUGGCAGGAGCGGCAUGCGUUGCUGGUGCUGUCGAGGGGAGACCAGCUGCAGGGCCUGCGGUUCGCGCUGUGUCCCAAGCGAAUGAGCGAGGAGCUCUUCUGGGUCAUCUACUUCACACUCGUCAAGACGCUGCUGCCGCCGGAGGCCUUUGCACGCCCAGCAGAGCAAGACGCGGCGAGAGACGCCUCCUCGGCUGGCGGGCCGGGCGCCGCCACGACUAGCAGCAGCAGCAGCAGUGUUGGAGCGGAACCGACGAGGGCUGCUGCCUCCGCAGCCCUCCCCGUCUCAACCUCAAGUAGCAGCAAGCACCUACCAGCCCACGACAGCACCUCAUCCUCACAAAGCGCCGCCGCCGCCGGCAGCGCUGCAGCAGCAGCAGCUGCAGAUGCCGCCCGCGCAGCAGGCAGUGCCGGCGGAGAUCAGGAGGAGCUAUUGGACGGGGAGAGCUCCAACAGCUCCUGCAAAUCUUCCAGCGCUAGCGAUGACGAUGAUGAUGCUGAGGAGGAGGGCGCGGGGGACGCAGUGGAUGCCGCUCUGGACGAGCUCGAGGACGACCCGGAGCUGGCGGCGUACCUCGAGGAGGCGUUGGAUGUGGGCGAGGGCGGCGAGGUGGAGGGUCUGAGCGACCUGGGCUCCACCGGCUCGGAGGACCUGGACGACUACAUCAACCAGCUGGAUGCGGAGCUGGGCGAGGGAGAGGGGGAAGAGGGAGAGGAGGGGGGAGAGGGAGGGCGGCGGCGGGCGCUGCCAGAGUCGCCGGCUGCGCCCAUCAGACCGGGCGAUGAGAGGCACUGAGGAGGAGGCGGAGGAGGGGCUGGGAGGUGUGGGGCAGCUGGGUGCGGAGGCUGAGAUGUGGGGAACUUCCGCGGAAGGUGGUUGCAUGGAUGAGAGAGGAGAAGAGCAGGUGUGGCUGUGGGAAGGAUGCUGGUGCGGUGGUGGAGUCUUUACACGUUCGUGCCACGGUGCUGCUGCUGCGUCAUGCAAACCUCGACUAGUGGCAAGGAUGGG